CGGAAGUUCUUUACUCCUGUAGCAAUAACACUUAACGCUUCCGACCGCAAGGUGUUUCCGCCUUUUUAAAACAGUUUCUUCUUCAGUGGACCGGUCUCAGCUAAACCAAAGAUUCUCCAUUUCAUAUUCCACAUGUACAUUAAAAAGAAUCAUUGAAAUGUCUUUGUCUGCGGAUGGAAACACGCCCAAUGAGGAGGCAGAGGCCAGCCGGUUGGAGUCUUGUUUGGAUCAACCAAUGGGUUCGAGCAGUGUCCAUGAAGACGUCAGGUAUCGUCCCUCACCGCUGCCAGCCGAACAUUACGACGCCAACACCACCGAACCAAUCAGCUGUGGUCUGCAAACUUUGGAUGAGCUGUUGUCGUGGAAACGAAGCGAGGCGAACCCCUUUAAUGUGGCGGCAGUCCCUCUAGCACCUCGGGAGCCUCCUCUGGCUAGUUGUUCACGUCGGACCUUGGUGUCUCAUGACAUGAUGGGCGGCUACCUAGAUGACCGGUUUGCCCAGGGGACAAAUGCAGAGGCUCCAUAUGCCUUCUACCACUGGCAGUACAUUGACAUCUUUAACUACUUCACACACAAAAUGGUGACAAUUCCUCCUGCUGUGUGGACCAAUGCUGCACAUAAACAUGGAGUUGUUGUUCUGGGGACGUUUAUCACGGAGUGGACCGAUGGCGCCGCGGUGUGCGAGGCCUUCCUAAAAGACGAGGAGUCGUACCGGGCUGUGGCUGAUAAACUGGUCCAGAUCAGCUACUGUUACGGCUUCGAUGGCUGGCUCAUUAACAUAGAGAACCCCCUCAGUAAGGUUGCGGUGGAGAACACGCCUUUGUUCCUGCGCUAUCUCACAGACCAGAUGCACGAGCGAGUGUCUGGCAGCCUGGUCCUGUGGUACGACAGCGUGAUCCAGAACGGACAGCUAACAUGGCAAAACGAGCUCAACGAGUCCAACAGGGUGUUUUUCGAUGCUUGUGAUGGCUUCUUCACCAAUUACAACUGGACCGAGCAGAACCUGGAGUGGAUGGGGGAGUACAGCGGGGUCCAGGGCCGCCAGGCGGACGUCUACAUCGGGGUGGACGUCUUCGCCCGAGGCAAGGUGGUGGGAGGAAUGUUGGAAACAAAUAAGGCGCUGGACGUCAUUCGGAAGCACAACUUCUCUGCAGCCGUCUUUGCUCCAGGCUGGGUGUACGAGACCAGCAGUGAUAAGACCCAGUUCCGCAAGAAUCAGGACAACUUCUGGGCUCUUCUGUCAGACCACCUGUACAUCCAUCGGCCAGCCUCUCCUCUCCCCUUCGUCUCCUCCUUCUGCCAGGGCUUUGGGAAGGCCGUCUACCGGAGAGGACAGCGUGAGGCUAACAGGAGCUGGUUCAACCUGACAGCCCAGGAGAUCCAGCCCCUGUACUACCAUACGGAGCUGGAGGGCCAGGGCUGGCUGAGCAGCCGCGGCUGCCCCGAGGACGCCUGGAACGGGGGCUGCUCACUGCUGCUGGACGGACUCAUCCCCGCCACUCACACGUCUCCAGUUGCUGCCAGGAUCUUUUCCCUCCAUGUACCCCUGGCACCCAAAACUCUGGUCACCCUCAUCUACAAGCCAUCGGCUGGGAUCAAGGUUUCCCUGCAGCUGAAGACGACAGACGCCAGUCUUUGCACGCACAACGUCCAGGACGUCAAACUUGUGUCUCCCGUCACACUCGAGGACAGGAUCCAGAUGUUGAGCCUGUUCUCUCAGCUGUGUGGCAACCUGAAUCCAGAUGGCUGGACUGUCGGGUGUUCCCAGCUGGAGCUUCGUGGCUGUGAUCUGAGAGAAGUUUGUCUCAACAUCGAGCGGAAUGGACAGCCUCAGGACACAGCCUUCAGCUGCCGGGUGGGAGAACUCAUGCUCUUGGAUGUAGCCAGUCUGCAGGUCCCCCCUGAGCUGGUUCAGGGCUUGUGCAUCUACGACGUGGUGUGGCUGCGUGCUGCCGGGACCUCGCCAGAGUCCACCUCCCCCCGCCUGCACUUAAACGCCACUCUGCGCUGGGACUACCCCACCCAGCUCGUGCGCCACUUCCGGGUGUACUGGCGCCGGCUCAGAGGACCCGACCCCCGAAUCCCCUCGGGUCAGCUGGUUCUGGUGGGCCGGGCGUAUUUGAAUAUUUUCAGAGUAACGGAGCUGGCCGUGCCGGAAGCACCCAGCCUGCUGGAGCUGGUGGUGGAGCCAGUGAUCUGGAAGGGCUUCACGGUCCCGGUGAGCCACUGGGGAAGAAGAAGCCUCAGCUACACAGAGGACUCAACACGGUGACUCUGAUUCUGGCAGCCACAUUC